GUAGCAUUAGGUGCUCCGUCCAUCUCCGCCUAGAGUGUGCUUGAACCCUAACUGGUCUCGUCGAGUCCGAAGGGCUACCUGGCGAUGUUUGUUUGCCUCUUGUUGCUGACGGGAUUGAUUGCUUGGGAUAGCUUCUCCCACCCACUGGUAGCGCUGCAGUCAGCCUGUACGGCCUCAGCGCUCCAUCCAUCGUCACACCGGCAAAUGCAAAAUGCAAAUAUGCACGCUUGGACUGGUACGGGUAUGAUAUCACUUGACGUCUUCGUACUCGCAGCCGUCGAUUCGACCGCGGUCCCUCAUGGGAGCUGCCAGGUUCCCUGCUAGCCCAUAUGCAUGUACUGUAGAGGCUGUCGGGGCCAAUUCGACCAGGCAAGCCCAAACCCAUGCCCAUGCAGGCCCCGGGCAAAGGUGACGAAUCAUUUCUUUCGCUGUCAUCGCGAUUCCCAAGGGUCCUUGCUGCUUGGUGUCAUAUCCCAGGGCAACCGGAGGCGCGCAAUUUCCUCUCCGCAGAGCCAGAACCAGCUGGAAUACUGUGCAAGAGAUGGAACAUCAAAUGAUCAAUGCUCCUACGUACUCGUACAGAGCAGCGCACAGAGCAGAGCGAGCACGGAGUACGGAACAGGAGUGACUGCAGCUGUGGUUGUUCUGGAUAGAUUGUGCAAAGGCCAGAGCUGUGUUGGGGCGAGGUUUCAGACUCUACGCCACGUUCAGUCAGUGUCAGUUAUCAUUGCUGAUGCCCAACAGCUGACAGAUAAAUGCUGUCUGGUACUGUACAGUACAGUCCCUUGGCUAUCUCCAAAUUGCAUGGAUGGAUCACUCCAAGUAUUUGAGAUUGCAAAGUACCUGCUAACCCAUGGCAAGGCACUGUACCUGCUCGUAUGUGCAGCGUGGUAAUAUUUGCUUCGUAUCAAUACAAGGGAAUGAGGUAAUUGCAUCAUAAGGCAAGGGUAACUCCGUACAGCUGCGUGCUAUAAUAAGAUUGAAGCUCUCUUGUGCAAGUACAGCACGGUACUUCUGAACGUCAACUCCGUAUGCCAGGACUGAUUGGGCAUCUGCAUCCUUCAGUGAUAUCAGCACG